GUGACUUGGCUGUACUGAAGAAAACAAAGUGCGCAUGCUGAGUUAUAUUAAUAAUCACAAGACAACUUGAUACCAACAUCUUAUAACGAAAGACAUGCCAGAGGGACUGCCGGACGAGCUAUGGACGGAUUAUCGGACCUUUUUCUGGGACAACCGUACAGGGCUGUAUUUUGGUGGGGCAUUGUUUGGACUGGGUCUCGUUACUCUGAUCCUCGGAGGAUUCGUUUCCCUCUGUAAAAGGGCCAUUGGUGGUAAAUCUGUAACAAUGAAGGUGUCCAAGAACCAAAGACGCUCCAUAGAUAAUCCCCUCUAUAUCAUGGACAGCGAUGAGACCUCAUCGAGAGAAGUUUUAGUCGGAGCAGAAGCCGGGACUGCCGGCCACCAAGGGGAUAGUCCGGAUUUGGAAAUCGAGGAACAGAUGGAAGAACCUAUGGUAAUAUACGAAAAUGAGCAAUUCUUCCUUGCAGCAAAACGGACGAAGACUUCGGAUGCUGAAGACGUUAUUCCAACUGAAGAAACACGCAACCGUAAACCAAGAUAUGCGUACUCGCAGGUCAUCAAAAAAAGCAACGAACGAGCCAGAAAGAAAAAGGAAGGAGGGGAAGCACGUGGUUCUGAUGAGAGGAGUAAAGGAAAAAAGAGAGAGGCAUAUUCUCAGGUUAUAAAGAAGGAAAACGAAAAAUCAAAACCAACUCCGAAACAAGAAACAGACGAUGUUCCUGAGGUUCCAAAAAAGAGAUUUGGAGACACCAAAACGAGUGAAAAGGCAAAUGAGAAAGAUGACGACGAAAUAAGUGGAGAAAGACGAGAAACGGCUGUAGAUGAUAAUGACGUGGAGGAUCAUUCUGAUGACGGAACGAGUGAAGAUGUUGACCCGAACGACUACGUCAACGUCUCGGCUCCGAAGAUUCUGUCGCUAGGAGAUGAUGUGUAUCUCGAUAUGUCGUACAGGGAACAGGAAGCAGAUCCCGAUGAUUAUAUUAACUGUACCAACAUUAAAAAUCCCAGUACAUAG